CCAAUUUGAACGAUACCAAGUUAUGUGGAUCGGCACACAACUGACACAAUACGGUCUUCCAGUCUUCGGCGAAGAGUUGUCAGAGCCACCCCAGCUUCGCAGCGCUGCUUGCUGAGGGUAGCAAUAUGACUAUAGAAGUAAACGUGAUACAGAUGGAAUGCGUCUUGGAGGAUACACUUCAAUGAAUACAGGCAUGGCACCGGCAACGGGCCGGGGUUCCUUGCAGUUAAGCCAACACCUGCCUUUGGCCUCUUAAAGCUCGAAACAGUUUAUGAGGUGUCGCGCUCUAGCAGGCAGAAAGCAACAAAGCGACUGCUUCUCAAAACAACUGUCGCCUGAGCAAUAUAUAGCUGGAUUUUGAAGAGCAGGAAUGUCUGCUUCGGCAGGACGUGGGGCGGGUCAGGCGACUGGGCGGUCAUCGACAACCCCGCCAGUCACUGGCGCCGCAGACAACGCCAGCGGGCGUGCGACAGGAGGGGCGAGGGCCGCGGGAACACACCGAUUAGCUCAGGCCGUUUCCGCGCCUCCCCGCGUUGAUGAGGGCGCUGGCUCCCAAGCCCGGUCCGAGCCAUGGUGGAAGGCCCCGAGCACGUCCCUUCUCAACCUACUGCCCAGUCGCCGCGCCCGCGCGAAUGACCCGCUCAAGCGGCUCCACCUUGGGCACUCGGAGCCCACGGAUGCCGUGACACGUCAGGACAGCUCCUUGACCAUGACCACCGUCAGCGAGUCUACGGGGCUCAAGGAGGAGAAGUGGCUGUGGACGGUCCUCAGGUCAUGGAUGCCCACCGCAUCAGCCCAGAUGCGCCGCGCCCCGGCCAUAGUGAAGCUGCAGGCGUUCUUCAAAUUCUCAUUCGAGCAGUUUGAGACCGAGGAGAGCACACUGCAGGAUGCAGAGGAUGAGACUCGGCGCUUUAUCCGAGACAUGCAGGACCGCGCGCAGGAGGUGGCGGCGGAGCGGGGCGACGGUGACGAGGACGGCGGCGGCGGCGGCGGCGGCGGCGGCGGGGAUGUCAGCCCGCGGCCGCAGGAGCGGGACCGGCAGCAGGAGCGGGAGCGGCGCGGCGAGGCGGGCGAGGAGGAGGCGGGUGGGCGGGGAGACGAGGGCAGGCAGUGCAGUGGGGAGGUUGCGAUUGGGAUGGCAACGCCCGAGCUGGCGUCACCGCGGCGGGCGGAACUGGUUGGGUCGGCGAUGCAGGAGGUGGCGGCGAGCAGUGGCAGCGGUGGAUCGGACUCACCGAUGGCAGGAGACCAGCUGGACUCGCCACACAGUGGCCAUCCCCGUCAUGGCCACCAUGCAAACCACGACCACCGGGCCAGCGGCAGCCGCAGCGGUAGCGGCAGCGGCGCCCGCGCAGGGGCCGGCAGGGGCGAGGCAGAGGCGGGCGCGGAGCGCGGCAGCCGCGGCAGCGCAGGACGGCAGCCGCCCGCCGCCGGCGCACGUGUCGGAGGGCUUGGCAGCGAUGGCGGCGGCGGCGCCGCCACAUCGGGGCCAAUCGGCGCCGCUGGGUCCGCAGCCGACACGGCCUCCCGGCGGCGGCCGGCGCAGCGCUUCUCGCUGGCGCGUGUGUCGGAGGCGUUGGCCGCGAGUCGGCGGUUCUCGGAGGCUGCAGGCAGUGGCGCGCUGAGCGUGAUGGCGCACGCAGUGGCGCCGGCGGCGGAGCUGGCGAAGGCGGUGGGGGAGGAGCUCAACCCCACAGACAUGUUGAGAGAUGUGGCAGAUGUGGCCACGGCCUUUGGCGCGGGGCCGGGUCUCAAGGUGCACUACUACCUGGCCCCAUCCGUGUCCAACUACCUGCGCAUCAUCUUCCUAGACCCGGUGCACCCCAACUCCAUGUUCAAGGUGCUAUGGGACUUCUUGUACCUCGGCAUCAACACUUGGAUCCUGCUGGUCACCCCGCUGCUCAUCGUGUUCGUGGACAACAUGCGCAUCUCCACACGGCUGGGCCGCUUCGAGUUCGCCAUCGACCUGCUAUGCAUGCUGGAUGUGCUGAUGUAUUUCCGCACAGCCAUCAUGUGUGACGACUUCAGGGUAAAGGCCAGCCGCACCGCCAUCGCACGAGUCUACAUGCGCACGUGGGGUGUGCUAGACAUGCUGGCGUGCAUCCCCUUCCUGACGAUCAUCAACAUCUACGAGCAUGGCAACCCCUUCUCGCGGCCUGUGCUGCUGUUCCGCCUGACGCGGCUGACCAAGAUGCUGCGCAUGCCGCACAUUAUCGCGAGCAACAACGUGAACGCCUAUCUGGAGGCGAAGGUGUUCAAACGCAAGGGUCUGGUGCCGCUGCUGGUGCUGCUGACGGCGCUGUUCGUGACGAUGCACCACAUGUCGUGCUACUACUACUACGUGGGGGUGGUGGUCACGGAGAACUUCACAGACACGGACGUGCCCAGCUGGGUGCUGGCGGAGGGUCUGCAGGACAUGGAGGCGCCGGCCAGGUACAUGGUGUCUCUGUACUUCACCAUGUACACCUUCCUCACGGUGGGCUACGGCGAUGUGGCGGUAGUGAACAUCGCGGACAAGAUCUGGGCCAUCGCCACGGCCAUCCUGGGCAUUGUGAUGGUGGGCUGGUUCAUGGGCGCUGUGGCGGCCUACAUGGGAGGCACCGGCGGCAUGGAGGCGGAGCUGGCCCAGCGGCGUCAGGACGUGUUCCAGUUCAUCCGCAAGCGCCGCAUCCGCUCCCACACCGCCCGACAGCUGCGGCGCUACCACGACAGCUGCAUGGGCCGCACGCUGGGGGACAACGACCUCGAGGUCAUACGAGGCCUGCCGCGCGUGCUGCGCACAGAGGUCACUCUCACGCUGUACGCCGAAACUGUCAAGAAGGUGCCGUUCAUGCAGACGCGGCCGCCCCAGUUUGUGGUGGACCUGCUGCUGCGGCUCAAGAUGAGGCUGUACGACAAGGGAGAGUACGUCGUACACGAGGGCGAGAUCGGCCGGGAGAUAUACUUCCUGUCGGUCGGCGAGCUGAGGGUGCAGCGCGAGGUGCUGCCAGAGCCCCACGGAGCCCACGACGCAGCCGGCACCCACCGCCACACCCCCGGCCGCAAGCACGGCGCCGGGCGCAAGCACCUGACCGUCAUGUCGCGCAUCUUCGGUCGCGCCCUCCCCACCAGCAUCGCCCGCAUGGCCUCCCGCGCCGCGCCCGGGCCGCCCAGCGGGCCGCUGCUGCUGCCGGCAUCGUCCCUGUUGGAUGCCGUCGCCGACCGCGUCGCUAGCUUCGCAGGCUCGGCAGCUCCCGAGGUAACAACAGCAACAGCAGCAGCAGCAGCAGCAGCAGCAGCAGCAGCAGCAGCCGCUACGCCGGCGGGCGCGGCGACGCCCGAGCACAGCGUCACGCCUCAUAUACUUACACCGGCGGCCACUCAGGAGCACCUGCCCGCCGCUCCGACCUCCGGCCCCCUACCCGCACCCGCACCCGCACCCGGGCCGCACACCACCACCACCCCCACCUACGCAUUGGAGCACGCCGCGUCGGCGCCGGCGGCGCCAGCCGCCGCCGCGGCCGCCGCAGGCGGCGGCGGCGGCGGGGACGGAGACAGAGAAGGCAGCGGAAGUGGCCGAGGCAAGGCCGGCCGGGGCGCCGGCAAGGCGCCGCGUCAAGACGUGCUGUUGAGUGUGUUGUCGGCUGUGCCGCCGCCCGCGUACCUGCCGGGUAUGGCGCGGGCGACGCCGGGCCAUGCCAAGGGCGGCGGGCGCCACGUGAUGCACCCCGUGGUGGUGCCGCUCGGCACAAUCAAGCCCGGCGGCCACUUUGGCUUCGCCAGCUGCCUGUUGGGGCUGCCGCGUCUUAACAGUGUACUGGCGGCAAUACCCAGUGAGGUGCUGGUGCUGGUGCGGGAGGACGUGGACGCGCUCAUUGCGGAGUGGCCGGACAUCUUUGACGACGACGACCUGCAGCCGGCGGUGGCGCGCCAGCGCUCCUUCUGCUUGCGUGAGCGGCCGCUAGUCCAUGCCGACAGCAUGGCCUCCCUCGGUGUGGACCGAUUCGGGGGCCCGCGUGGUGUCAUAAGCGUGAAGCCCCGCCGCGUCACCGGCGAGAACGGAGCUGUGCUGCAUUCCUGGCAGCCGCCGCCGGCGCCGCCGCUGACGCUGGCGCCGCCGCCGGUGCCCAGAGAGGCGUCUUUGCCGACGCCGGUGACGCCGUGGGCGGGCGCGGGAGCGGGAGCGGGCAAGCAGGCGGUGCCGGCGCAGGCGCCGCCGCAGCAGCAGCUGCCGAUGUUGCCGCAGGCGGGUGGGGCUGCUGAAGGUGGGGGCGGAGGCGGAGGCGGGGGCGCAGGCGGGGGUGAGCGGGAGGUGAGGCGCGUGGUGACGCUGCAGGCCCGGAGCGACGCGGGUGCCGGCGGCGGUGCGGCGGAGGGGCAGCAGCCGCCGCGUGUGUCGGCGUCGGCACGCAUGGUGCCUGCGUCCCCGGGGUCGCCGGCCCCGGCUGCACUGCAUGCGGCGACCACGACGGCGGCGGCGGCGGUGAUGGUGGCGCCUGCAGCUAAGCCACACAACGGCGACAGUGGUUCAGCCGCAGGCGGUGGCCGCGCUGGCGAAGUGGAGCUGUCACAGCAGCAGCACUAGACGGGCCACACGGCGUGCUUGUGGAUGACAGUUCGAAGGGCGGGUUGGGGCGUGGGCGGGGCAGGCUGUGAGCCGCUGUUCCUAUAUGGCUAAGGACCAAGAGCGAUUUGUUGCGACCCAAAUGCAUUCGUGUGACUGAAAGUAUUACUUAAGACACUUGCAUUGCACAUGUCAAAUGACACUUAAUCGGUGUUCCGAAGGUUAACGUAGGCGGUAGCGUUGAAUUGUUGUGGGAUUCGCGUGAACACAUGGCCGCUUACUAACGAAGACCCAUCAUGCUCCUGGACUCCGGGAGACAUUACUGACCGUGCUUGGGGGCCAACCUUCGUGAUCAAGUAGACAACAUUUGCAAGUAACGUGUCAAAGACUGUGCGCAUGAUGUGUGCCGCAUGUACAAUAUUAGCGUGUUGCUUGGACGUGUGUGCACACAUGACCACGUUUGAUGUGCCGGGCGGGUGACGGGUUCCUUUCAAUGGUCAGGGAGGAGUGGGCUGAUACCGGUAGACCAUGUCCUUUUGUCGAGUCGAAUGUUUUUUUAUGGCUUGUGACGGAACAUGGCAAACAGGGCUCCUAUCUUAAUGUCUCCAUUACUUGGCCAUUUUGGCCGUUUCCUAGACAUUCCUCCUGGGUGCUAAUGUCUGGGGCGAGACUUUGGUGGCCCGGGUUUGGGGCGAAUUCCUAUGGAGAAGCCCCCAAACCGCCCAGACAAAAGACGGCGGCCACCCGGCCAUUUUUGUCUGGGGCUAGACCAUUACCCCAA